UUGCAAAUUGGUGCAAAAUCCAAACAGUCCUCAUUCGCAAUUAGCUUCGCGCGUGCCGUUCUUUGAGCAGAAACGUACAUUUGCUCGCUCAGAUGGAGCAAUGUUGCCGAUUAUGCAUGGAUGCCAAUCCGAUGCUAACCAGCAUUGCCAACUAUCGGUUUCUGUCGGUGGAAAAGGCUUGUGCCGUCGCGCUGGCAGAUCUCAUUGAACAGUAUCUAGAGAUCAGUAUGAAUCAUUCCACAAUCGAGCCUUUGAUUUGUGGCGAAUGCUUGAAGCGGCUCGAAGAAUGGCAUUCGUUUCGCGAAAGUUGCCACCAGCACGAUCGUUACUUUCAGCAGCCGAACAUCAAAUUCGAAGAAGUGAUCACCAUCGAGCCGCGGUACGUGCUGGAACCAAUCGACUCAUUGGAGAGGCAGAAGCAAGACGAUAAAGCACAGCAGGAAGAUUGCAUGGUUGAAGAAGAGGAAGAGUUGGAGCUGGAUGAGGAUGAGGUUGGCAUACAGAUGGCUUCAGAAUCGGAAGCCUCUGACGUUGUGCCAAAAGAGCCAUCGAAACGGGACGUCCUGAAGAAAAGUGCAGACACCCGUCCUACCAUACGGAAACAAGUUCACAAAUCACUCCCAUCAAAGGGAAAGCGUGGACGCCCUAAAUCGUACCGGGAACGUGUGGAGUCGCCAAAACCGGGCCAAAAGGAAGCGGACGUGGAGCAGCCAAAGCACGACCCACCCCAGCAUGCAGCCCGAAAGCAGCGACCCAUGCCAAAAAUCUGCACCAUAUGCGGGGUAGCGCGUACCGACAUGGCCGCCCAUAUGCGCUGGCACAACAACGAGCGCCCGUACCAGUGUCCGCACUGUCCGAAGAUAUUCCUGAACAGCUCCAAUCUGAAGAAUCACAUCAAUCUGCACACGCGCGAAAAGCUGUACAAGUGUGAUCUCUGUGAUAAGGAGUUUGCCAGCACGACCGGGCGCAGCAAGCAUCGGGAAAUACACGCGACGGAGCGGGUGCACCUGUGCACCGUCUGUGGCAAGCGGUUCAAGUACCGCGCAUCGCUGGCACGCCACAAGCUGAUCCAUUUCGAGGAACCGAAGCAGAAGUGUUCCGUGUGCGAUAUGAUGUUUCUAACGAAAACCCGUCUGACGAAACACUUUAUGGUGCACAUGAACGUAAAACCGUUCAGCUGUGAGGUUUGCGGGAAAGCAUUCAACCGGAAGGACAAUCUCAAAACGCACAUGAAAACGCAUGCGGCACAGCGGAAGCGGGAGAAAAAGCAAGAGCCAGCAGGAAUUGUCGUGCCGCAACAACAGCAGGCAUCCGAAGAGAUUGCUUUGAAUUCAUGUUUUUUUAAAUUAUUUUACAAAACAUCCAAAAUAAUCGUGCAAUGUUCAUAUCUAAAAAAAACCGUCAUUCACUUCACCGUUCAAAAUCACAGCCCAGGUGACAGAUUGUCAAUGAAACGUCAGUUCGGGGCUGUUUGUUUUGUUUACAAACUGCAUCGUUCCGGGAAGGGAAAUAAACGUAAUGCAAAAAGGAUGGCGCUCCACGGUAGUCCAUUAAUCAGCCUUAAAAUAGAACCCAUCGAAGGAAGCAUGCACCUGCACGGGGACGAUGUUGAUGAGCCGGAAGAGGAAAGUUGGGAAACAAAACCGUCGCCCUUGGUGGACGACUAUCCGGACGGACCGGCGACAGACGAUGGCUACAUCUACGAGGUACUGGAAACUGAGAGCGAGUCCGAAAAUGCCGCUGAUUGCAGCACAAAACCAAAGCCCCAACGGAAGCGCCGUAGCUUCUGCACGAUAUGUGGCAAGUAUUUGAACAAUCUUGCCGAACAUCGCCGGAUGCAUCUGAACAUUCGCACCCAGCAGUGCCCGUACUGCGAGAAAACGUUCGUCCAUCGUACGAAUCUGAUUACGCACCUGAACAUUCACACGCACGAUCGCACUUACAAGUGCGAGUACUGUGGCAGCGAGUUUACGAGCGUGCAGGGACUGAAGCAGCACCGGGCGACACACUUCGAGGGCCAGUACGCGUGCACCAUUUGCCACCGGAAGUACAGCCGCAAAUGCUACCUUCGCAUCCACCAUGAGCGGGUACACAGGCCGAAGGAGAAGCACUGCUGUCUGAUUUGCGACCGACAGUUUCUCAAUCCCACGCUGAAGGAAAAGCACAUGAAGAUCCACGAGGACGGUACGCUACACGAAUGCAGUCUGUGUCAUCGAGCGUACAAUGCAAAGCGAAAUUUGCUAAGACACAUACGAACGGCUCAUCCGGAGCGAGGGCAGAGCGAUAGCAGUAACACACCCCUGUCAUGACCAUAGUCGUUGAGUCGAAAGUCGUUUUGUAAAUAUAUGUUCCGUACGCUGUCUGACUGA